AUGGACUCGAUCGCCAGUGACAGCGAGAUUACGGUCAUUGAGCGAUUCGUCACGUCAAGUUCCCCUUCUCAAUCAACUUCCAAUUACAGCGAUCAAUGCGAUCGAUUGCGAGAACGUCUCGAGCAGGCACUCAUUGAACGAGAAAAGUUAGAGCUGCAAAACGAACAGCUGUUGAAGCAAUGGGAAGAAGCACUGGAGUAUGUUACGACGGUGCAAAAGCAGCUUCAAGAGGAAAUUCGGCGGAACACAGAGUUGAAAAAUGCACAAAUGGAAAUGGAAAAAAGUCAACACGAUCAGAUCACAAUUUCACGAACAACGCUGAACUUCAUUGUUUUACUAGCUGUAUUGAUUGCUUUCUAUUUAUAUAGGAUCUAA